GAAAGCAGUGUGUGCCGUUACGGCGCGGCCGCCAUGUAUGUCUUGUCCUGUGUUGUCUUGUGUGUUCAUUCCUUUGUUUAGGAAACACGCGGACCCCAACAACUGGCGCAGUGAGCAGGGUCCGUGGCUCCAAGAGAGCAAGGAACCAGAGGGGGAGCACCCCGGGUGUGUGCUGAAGAUGAGUGGUUCCCAUCCCGACGGUUGAAGCAGUGCCAUGGCGAAGAGGAGCCGGCCGGAAGACUUCCUGGUGGCAUUUCAAAAAUUAAAUCUGAGUACUCAGAAAACCUUCACCUUCAAAACUUGACGAGCGGAACCCCCAACAUGGGGUCAGCUGAAAAAGCUUACUCAAGAAGCUAAAGGGGUUGUUCAACAAGCUAGACAGCCCAAAACCUCACUGACCUUAUUUCUGGCUAUGCUAGCUGUAGUAAAUUGCCAGAUAACAGCUGGAGAAUUCACAUAUUGGGCUUAUAUUCCCUUUCCACCCUUAUAUCAAGGUGUGGCCUAGGGAGACAAAGAAGUUUUAGUAUUUACUAAUGAUACUACUUGAUGCCAUCACCUUUUUAAAAUCAGGAUCCUGAGUUAGACAUGGGUACAGUAAACAGUUUAUAUCAAUUUGGGGUAAAAGGGUUACCUAUAUGUCUUGGGAACAGUCCACAUUGUUUACAUCCUUCUCAUGAGGCUUGGGCUGUGCGCUAUAAUCAUAGUCACAUUGCAGCCUUUACUAUGAUUGUUGUUACUCAGAGUUUUAAAUAUAAUCAUACUGCUCUACUUAACGAAACCUUGCCUACUACAUUAUCCUUAUGUCCUAUUCCUGACGUGUCCGGAGAUGUUUCCCAAUUAGAGUGGACUAAGUGUAAAAGAAGUAGACCACGAUUAUUAUUAGAGGUAAAAGGUAGAAAUUACAGAUACCUUGUCACUGACUGGAGUGUGCAUGGAGAUUUUCAGACUAAGUUUAGCCACUUUAGCCUACGAUGGCAUAUAAAUAAUCACAGCAUUUAUGCUGAUGGUAACAAAACUAUUAUUUGGCAUGAUGGUGGCUUGUCGCCCCCUAUGCCACAUUUGGCCGACACUUCACAAAUACAAAGUCAUAUGUGGAAGUUACUAGCUGCUGGCAAACCAAUGUCUACUUUUAUGGGAAACAUGUCCUUAAUUACCACUAAUCUUUCUAAUCCUUUCCAUAUAUCUUUACAUCGAAACAGAUCUAAAUAUGUCAUUGCUUGUGUUAAAAAACCUUACUUGUUAGCGAGAAUCUUUAAAUGGGAUAAUAAUACAGGAGUAGUUAACUGUACGGGCAAUUAUAUAUUUUUAAGCUGUAUAAAUACUACUUGGUGGCAUAAUAAUUGGAAUGAGACUCACUCCAAUAUAUAUAUUUUAAGAGCUAGGAAAAAAACCUGGUUACCUGUGAACUUGACACGCACCUGGAGUGAAUCUACUGGGGUUACUCAAAUUUACAAAGUAAUGCAAGAUCUUGUCCACUGCAGCCAGAGAGCGGUUGGGAUUGUCGUAACAGCAGUAGUGGGACUUGUGGCUAUUGCUUCCACCACCGCUGUUGCUGGACUGGCGUUACAUCAAAGUAUCCAAAAUACAGAGUUCGUGCAACAAUGGCAUGAACAAUCUCACUUCUUGUGGCAACAACAACAAGACAUCGAUGCUCAUUUGACUAAAUGAAUAGAUAAGUUAAAACAAGUGGUUUCUUGAAUAGGGGAUCAGCUGACAGUGUUAAAUACUCGGACCUUGUUAAAAUGUGACUGGAAUACUACUCAAUUUUGUGUUACACCUAUUCCUUUUAAUAACACUGUACAUAAUUGGACAAAGAUAAAAAGGCUUUUAAUUGGCCAUAAUAAUCUUUCCCUAAAAAUACAAGAACUAACACACAAUAUUUCUAAAACGUUUCAUAAUCAGUUACCAUUGCUGACUGGCACAGAUUUAAUGACUGGUAUUGCACAAAGCUUGAAAUCUUUAAACCCUACGAGUCCUGUAAAAACUUUACUGACUUUUGUUUCUAGUAAUGUAUUGAUUGUUGUUUUUGCCUUUGUCAUUUUCACAGUCUGCUGGAAACGGUGCCAAAGGGCAAACACCAAAUCCCAGAGAGCCCAACAUGUGAUGAUGGUUUCGAAAAAAAUUCAAACCUAUAAAUAAAGAAGGGGGAGAUGUAGAGGACUGUGUGCUUGCAAACGAGACGUUCCCAAUAAGCCCUGCUCUUGCAGACAAAGCAGGACGGUCCUUCUCUGCAAACAGGAAGGGCAAAGGAGCCAGCUGCAAGCAGUGGGCUCUGGGAACUGGUCAAUGUUUACUGAUCUUGUGAGUCAAGGAAAGGUCAGAGAAGCAACACAUGCCCUGUGACUUGGCAACAUUCCACAAACGACUGGAUAAAAGA